GGCGUCUGCAACGCAGGGGGGUGGGGCAGCGCUGACGCGAUUCUGUCCGCGUUGGAGCGGGCGGGCCGCCGCCUGAGUCUCCGCGGCCGCCGUGUGACGUGGCACAGCCGAACACUUAACGCCGCGCCGGAGCCACCGCACCAGUCGCCGAGCAGGUCCUGGUCCCGCUACGUCGUGUCCCGCGGCUUCGCCGACACUCCAGCCUGCGAGACGGGUCUUCAGCGUUUUCUCUUCCGCCCACUCGGUUGUGAGCCGGAAUCGUGAAGGCCUGAGGGCGCACCAGACCCCCUUUUGACCGUCAAGUGCCACCACCGCUAUGGGCCUCACCAUCUCCUCUCUCUUCUCGCGCCUCUUCGGCAAGAAGCAGAUGCGCAUUUUGAUGGUUGGAUUGGAUGCUGCUGGCAAGACGACAAUUCUGUAUAAACUGAAAUUAGGGGAGAUAGUCACCACCAUUCCUACCAUUGGUUUUAAUGUGGAAACAGUAGAAUAUAAGAACAUUUGUUUCACAGUAUGGGAUGUUGGUGGUCAAGAUAAAAUUAGGCCUCUCUGGAGGCAUUACUUCCAGAAUACCCAGGGUCUCAUUUUUGUGGUAGAUAGCAAUGAUCGUGAAAGAAUUCAGGAAGGAGCAGCUGUGCUGCAGAAAAUGCUUCUGGAAGAUGAGUUGCAGGACGCAGUGCUGCUGCUUUUUGCAAACAAACAGGAUUUGCCAAACGCUAUGGCCAUCAGUGAGAUGACGGAUAAAUUAGGUCUUCAGUCUCUCCGGAACAGAACAUGGUAUGUCCAAGCCACUUGUGCUACACAAGGAACUGGUCUGUAUGAGGGACUGGAUUGGCUGUCAAAUGAACUUUCAAAACGUUAAAUGAAACUGGAUAUCUAACCAAGGACAUGUUUGAUAGAAUUGGUCUAGGCUUGUUACAACAAAAUUAGUUUGCAUCUUGGUUAUUAAAGGAUAUCUGAGACAGGUUUGGGCAGAAAUUACAGCAUUUAAAACUUGUUUUGUUGCCAAUUAUUGUUUACCAAGAACAAUGUUGCUAUUUAGCAAUAUGCUUGGGUUUAAGAGAAAUUCUCCUUGGGAAAGAAAAGUAUCAUUAUUCUACUUCCUUGAACCUAAAUGCCUGGAUAUAUAGCUAUUGUGACACUUUUAAACAAAUCUGUUUUGAGUGUUUUUUUUUAGCCCACACCAAUAAUGUUUUAAAGUUAUUCCCUUGAUACUUUACUGAUACCUUUAUCAUUCCUUGGACAGUCUGCUGAUUUAAAAAUGUAGCAUUCCAUUUGUAUUUAUUUCUACCCCUUGCCAAAAAGAUUUUUCUAAUAAUGCUUGUACUGGCCAGGGUUGUUCUCCAAAACACUAUCCAGUUUUCUUGUACUGACGAUUCCCCCCACCACCCUUACAUUAUUGACUCUUGGCUUCUGUCAGCCAACCUUUGGUUUGGUUUGGACUUGAUAGCUAAUUCUGUGCUGGUUGCAAAGAGUUCAUAUUGAGAUAACUUUUAAUAUUCAGCAAAUUGUCUUUCUUUAUAUUGUUAUCUUUUUUAUGUUGCAUGUUGCUUUUGGAAUCAGCCAAACUCUUUGCCCAGUAUAUGAUAGUUCUGCUGGUAUUUUACUGUUUAUUGAUGAACAUAUCUUCAUUAAGAAUUUUUUGAAAACCCAUCAAAUUCAAUGAAUAAGUUUUCUUCAUAACCCAUUUGGAAUUAUUCCUAAUAAAAUGAUUUUAAAAAACAUGGUUGUGUGUUCUUUUGAGCCUUUGCAAUAGUUGAAACUGAUUUCCUUACAUAACAAAGUGAAUUUUCAUAUUUUACAUGGUACAGCCAAAUUUACUUAUGGUUUAAGUUUUCAGUAAACUUAACCAUGGGUUAUCAUAUGCAUUAAAAUAAGGUGCAAUAUGAAGAAUUUUAUUUUUUCUAGUAGAAUACCAUUUGAAGCUAUGAAGUUCAAAGGUCAGAUCAAGAAGAGGAAUUAGUUGUUAUAACAUGAACUCCAGAAGCAAGAAUAUGAAGGGUGGGUGCUGAAGCCCAGUCAGUAGAUGCUUGCCUUGUAUACAUUUAGCUUGAUCCCAGUAUCAUGUGCCACAGAGGUGGCAGGACUGUCAGAAAUCACAUCAUCAUCCACUUAGUCUGAGGCUAUCAUAGACCUUUCUCAAAGAAAGUAAGAUGACAAGUGGGUAUGCAUACAUUUGACAACUAACAUUAGAUGGAAUGCAUAGCUAAGUGAUGCUGCUCUAGAAAACAGUCACGAGCACUGUGGGAUUCAGCAUUUCAAAAUGUCAGCACGAGAUGUGUACAACGUUACAGUGGCAGCAGUGAUACAUGCUAUAACUGUACUAGUUGGAGUAGAGUUUUGUCUGUAUUGUCUCAUGUAUUAUAAACUGAUUUUUUAUGAUUUGUAAUAGCUCUUACAGAUGCAGAUAAACUAGUGGAUCAAAAAAUGUA